UCUUCUUCCACACUUGCCAUCAUUACCACCGUCGUGAUAACUUAAUCUAUCGGAAUUUGAAAGAAAAAUUUCAUUCCAAAGGCAUUUGAAUUAUCCUGUCCGUUUGAAAUCAAAUUCUUUUGGGGAUUGGAGGAAGGAUUUAGCGAGGAUCCACUCAAGUUUCACACGUGUCCAAGGAUUUAUCGGUUUCCAGACGACUCUGAAUUCUCGGGAGGUAAAGUAAUGAUGAAGUACUACGGGGUCACGGUGAUCGCUCUUUUCUUCGUCUUCGGAGUGGCUGUCAGCACAGAGAACUAUAUGGAUUACAUAGCCGAUGAAAAUGCAGAUCGCGACCUGGAGGGUCUCCGUGAAUUCUACAGAUUCCUUCUGCGUCGCAAUUCAAUGGACAACAGUUAUCCAUCGGGCUCGAACAUCGGAGGGUCUAGUCUCGUUGGUUUACCCUACGAACAUCUCAUGAUCCGAAAAUCUCAGCGCUCACCCUCGCUGCGUCUUCGCUUUGGCCGUUCCGGGUCAGCGAUGCCCCCGGAAGGAAUGGUGACGAGAUUGGGAUCUAGUUCGUCAGGAACUGAAGACAAUUAAAUAUCACACUUGUAUGGCAUCGUGGCACGCUUUUUUCAACAAUAAAAAAAGAAGAAAUAAAUUUCAUGCGACAGAAAUUAAACAGUUAAUUUUCGUAUUUUGGAACGUGUAUUCCAUUUUCUAUAAACAUAUAUAUCUGUGUUUAAUCAUGAGAUCUAGUGGAAAUUAAUUCAGUCGCAAAGUGGUAAAACGUCUGCAAUAAAUUGUCAUGUGCGUUGCCAAGCUUCCAAUGAAUAUUCAACAAUCAACGGGUGACAAAACAUUUUUUUUUCAUUUUUUUGUAACUUUGGAGGCACGCUACAAAAUAUUUAUUAUAAAAAUUAAAAAUCUCCCCGGAAUUCGACGAUAUUUUUCAAAAUUUGACUGAGACACGUGUGUAGUCUUGAGGCGCUUUACCGCUUCGAUACUGAAUUAAAAAAUAAAUAUUCUUCAGCUUUCAAUUAACUUUUUAUCAAAUGAAAAUCUGUGAGUUUCCCCUACAAUGAGUAGAAUCUUUUAAAAAAAUCAUUGACUUGUAUCCGCAAUCAAUACUGUUCUAUUUUAUAUAUAAAGUGAGACCAUUCGGUCAAAAGUCUACUGGAAAUAUUGUUGUUUUUUUUUUUUCAAUGAAUGUGCCAAAAGUAAUUGUAUUCCUGCAAUAAAAAUUUAUUAUUUAAUGCUUCCUGUA